GGGCGUGGCCAGUGGCCGGUCAGGGGGCGUGACCCGGGCGCGCUCCAGGGGCAGGCGGCGGCUGCGGCACGGUGCCCGCGGUGCGCGGGAUGGAGUUGCGCCCUGCCCGGAGUUAUCCCGGCGCUCUCAGGCAGAAGCUCCCGGCCCGGCAGAGCAGCGGAGCCCUCGCAGAGGCCGCUCCGCCGCCCGCCGGGGUUUCGCUCCCUGCGGGGCCGCUUGGUGUCACCCGCGCUCCGCGGCCCGGCCGAGCCCUCCCCCGGCACUGCCCGCCGGUGCGCCGCCGCUCUGCGCAUGCGCCUCCACCCCCGGCCUCAGGGGGUUGCCAUGGUUACCGCGACCCGGAAGUGGCGCCGGGGGGCGAUGGCCGCCCCCAGACCCGAGCCGGCAGCCACGGCCCGAGGGGGCCCCCGCGGCCCCGCCGCCCCGUGAGGCCUUCCGGCCGCUCUCCCACCAUGGCCCUGGGGUCCGGCGAGGCGGCCGCGGAGGGGGAGCUGGGAGAUGACAGCCUGUCAGUGAUAACCUGUGAGUCAGACACAGCCAUGAAGUUAAAGAAGAAGGUUUUUCACAAGCCUCCAAAGUCACCAAAGUCUCCCUACAGCUCAAGCACACAACUGUAUCCUAAAAAAGCUGCAGCUUGGAGAUCUCUGCAGGGAACAGGCAGUGCUUGCUUUGAGAAUGCAGCUGUUGAAAACCCAAGGCACAUGUGGCUGGGAUUUCUGAAGCAAGGAAUGAGCCAUGCUCUGAAAUCAGAUGUUGACACGAGGCAUAUGCGAGCUAAUGUUUCCAGUAGCACUCCAGAAUAUUUGAAGGAAGCUCUAGGAAUGAAAAAGCCAAAACAUGCUCGUUCUCCCAGUAAUGGCUACAUUCCUGGAACUCCUGAAUACAAAGAGAAAGAAGAUAUGUAUGAUGAAAUUAUAGAACUGAAAAAGACAAUACAAGCUCAGAAGAAUGAGGGAGACAGACUGAAGACGAAGCUGCGUCGACUGGAAGAGGAGAACAGUAGAAAGGAUAAACAGAUUGAACAACUGCUGGAUCCUUCCAGGGGCUCUGAGCUGGCUCGAGCUUGGUCAGAAAAGAAGACUGAUAAUGGAUGGGUGGCUACUGCAUUAAAGCAGAAGAUUGUCAAGCUUGAAGAGCAGUGCAAGGAGAAAGACAACACUAUUAAUGAAUUCCAGGAAGACAUGAAGACCAGUAGUUUGGAAGAAGUGAGGUUAGCCAUGGAAACCUACUAUGAAGAGGUUCAUCGCCUCCAACUCCUCCUGGCCAAGUCUGAGACUAUGAGGAAAAAUGCAGAGGGCAGAGACACCCAAAAAAGGCUGAAGGCACUGAAUGCUGCUGUGCUGAGGCUGUCCAGGAACAUCAGGGAAAUGCAGGCUGAGAAUCGGAGGCUGAAGGAGGAGCUGGAUCAUGUCCUGAGCACUUCCCCUCCUCACAGUAAGACAAAAAAUUGUAGUGAGUGGAGCAGACAGAGACUGGUGAGGAAGAUUUUGGAUCUAGAAAAAAAAGUGUGUGCCAUGGAGGGCAUCACGGUGUCCUUAGCUGAUAGUGAGGAAUCACAAGUGCUUGCUGUGUCACCUUCACAUUCUGUGGACCUGGAUCAUCCAGCAUCCCAACAUUUAGGUGAGGAAUGCUGUCGCCUCCAAAGGCUGGUGAAGGAAUUGAAGAAUGAUAGGAAGGCACUUCAGAAUCUCCUGCUCAGUAAAGAAUUAGAUAUCAAGCACUUACUGCAGGCUAAGGCUGAAGUGGAGCUGGAGCUGCAGAAGUGGCAGAAUAAGAUGGAAGGAAAAAGCAUAGAAGAGCAGACAUUAAGUGAGGAAAUCCAGAACUUGACACAGAAAGUAGGGAAAAUGGAGUUAAAACUGGAGGAGGAGAAAAUACAGAUGGUAGAAGAUACAGUGGAAAAGCUUAAUAAGGCUCCUCCAGUCUGCACAGUUACAGGCAAAGAAAAUCACAGGAAAGAACAAGCAGCCAAAAUUAUCCAGAGAUACUGGAAGAUGUACAAAACCAAGAAAGAAGAAACUGCUCUUCGUGAGGCAGUUGUUCUGCUCCAGGCAGCCUUCAGAGGACAUUUAUCUCGACAGAAAGUGCUGCUGCAUGCUGGGGUGCCUGAUGCAAAGUCUCACACCGAGAACUCCUGCCUGUCUUCCGUGUCAGACUCCUUGAGUUUUUCUUCUGAUUGCAAGGAGAGAGAUGAGAUUGUGACAUUCAUCCAGUCCAUUUUCAGGGCUCACUUAGCACGUACAGAACUGCUUCAAGAGAGGUCCUCUGUGCCCAGUGCCCCUAGUGGGAAAGCUGAUCCUGCAGUUCCCAUCACAGAGGAGAAACCAGGCUCAGCAGCACUCCAGAGACCUCCAGUCCUCACAUCUCCUCUUCCUGGCAGGUCCUGCUCUGCUCCCUGUGUGCCCCUGGAUGAGGCUCUCUCCGAGGACUCCGAUGAUGAUGAUGUUGUUGUCCCUCCCUUGCUGCAGGUGAAGAAAAGCUACACCCACUUCUAAGGUCUGUAACUGUGAUUCUGUCAUGGAUCUCUCCAGAGAGUAACCAGAGAUGAGGCCUGACACAUUAAAGGGAGAGUGUGUAAUGUGUCAGGACCAAGGCUGAUACCAAAUACCUGCCUGGCUGUCAUCCUAUAGGGAGAUCCUGGGGCAGCAAAUGCAAUAAAGAAAACAUUCUUUUACUUUACUGUGCUGUAAUGAGCAAUAUGAUGGUAUUAGGAAGUUGAUACAGAGCAGAAAAGCUUGUGUUUGAGCUGAGCAUGUGGCCAGCAGCUGUCUAUAGACAGAUUCUGGGAUUAAUGAGAGGUAGGAGCUUGGGAUGACCCAGACCCAGGCAGAAACCAGGGUGAAAAGGAGCAAGUGUUCCCUGGGGUGACUCAAAAUGUGUCUAAAACUUUCUAAAUUUGGGGAUGCUAUCUCCCAGCUAUCAAAGAUCUGAUACUAACCUUGAGAUGGCCUUCAAACUCAUACUUUACUUUGGAAGGUAAUUAGGUGUUCACUACACAUCACAAGUUUGGUGUGGUACAGUAGGAAGAGAAGCCUGCACAGUAUUAGCCUCAGGUGUUGUUCUGUUGCACACUGUGAUGGAAUGUGUUAGAGGGAGUAGUGAUUGACACUAGGUUUGGUUCUGUGGUUAUCCAUGUGAAUGCCAGCACCCAGAAAUCUGGGAAGAAAUGUGGCACAAAGAAGGAAGAAAAAGUUAAUUUUUGAAUAAAUGGCAUUUUUCCUCAACAGGGAGCUGAGGACAGUAAAAAUCAGUGUGGCUCAAAUCUGCCAAGAUAGGCCCUGUACAAACACACUGUUUCUGAAAAACACCUCUGUAGAAAGCCCUGGAAACCUUGAAGGUCUUGAAUGAAAAUUAAACUCCCUUGUAUCCAGUGUAAUCUAAAAGCACACUUUCCAUUCUGUUGAUAUGGAAUAAUGUUUCUGACUUAAAACCAUCUGCAGUUUGCAGCAGUGUUAGUUAGAGAUUGUGUGUGAGUGCAGAGAUCUGACUUUAAUGGGAUCUUAUCUCUCUUGAUCUCUUUUUGCCCUUAAGUGCCUUUGCCUGUAAAUCUUUACUGAGGCAUCAAGACCUGAAAAACUGUAUUGUUUCCUGCAUAGCUGUAAAAAUAAUCCCUGCACAGGCAACUUCUAAUGUAGUCAAAAUGGAAAAGGAUUAAUCUUGGCAUAUGAGAGCACCAUUAAUUUUUAUGAUCCUUUUAAUAUUUAGAACUGUGCAAGUAUUUUAUAUAAUUUAUUUUGGGAUCUUUGAAAAGCUAAAAUAAUUGCAAUGAAUUUUCUUUGAACUGUUGAAUUUUGAAAUAAAGUUUAUAACCAAAUAUUGAUGCAUUUCUUCUGCUACUGAUGUAUUUCCAUUGCCCCUCUGGCCUCUGCUGCACACUCCUGUUUUCUCUUUGCACCUGGGCUGACCUUUUAUCCCUGAUUUUCUGAGUGGACAGUAACAAGAUAACUGGAACAUGUAAGGUGUGAAAUUUCUUUUCUUCUAGUGCAGAUUCAAGGUUUUCCCAUCAGGAAUGAGCAGUGUUCCUGACCAAAACCUGGUGGAACUGAAAGCACUGAUGGGUUUUUGCUUUAAAAAUUGGUCUGGCAGCAGCUGAGGGAGAGCAGGAGACUACAGAAUUCAACAAUUUACUGACAGUGUAUCCUCUCACCUGGAUUAUUGUUGCUGUAUGUGAAGUUCUGGAAGGAGCUGGGACAUGUGCAUUCCUUUCCAGGUCCGCUGAAAAAACCCUUAAAGGACUCCCUAAAGAAGCCUUCUGCUGGUUUAUGGAAAUAGAAGACCCUGCUGUGAGAACAUGGGAAUCCUGCAGUCAUCCUCCUGUCAAGCAGAGUCCUUGGUGUAGGACUACAACAGCUAUUAGAGUACAAGAUGAGACAGUCUUUGUUGGAUAGUUCUAUUAAUUAAAUUUCACUUUUUUUAUUCUUU